UACAGUUUGAGCUCCAACGACAAUCGUUUUAUGCUGUCAUAUUUGUGCGGUUUUUUUUUUCUUGUGAACAUCAACUCAAUUUGGUUUACUGUGAAAUAUUUCCGAAGUAAAAGCCGACGUUUUUUGCGUUUGAAUAAAAGUUUGACGGUGUUUAAUUUUGUUGAGAAAGUUUUAUUUAAAAACCAAAGGAUUGUGAAUUUUCAAUUAAAUAAUCAAAAUUAACUCUAGACUAUCAAUAAGCUGAAUUCGGUGUCGCAUUUCGGGCUUCUUAAAGAAGCCAAUUUAACGCCGCCAGUUUCGCCGGCGUCGUCAGUCACAUCGAUCCCGCAAAUGGUCGAAACUAAUAAUUCACAUCAAAUGACCAUUAGAAGCGCUCAUCACGUGAAUCAAGCUUAUUUAACCACCACUGCCAUGCUUCUCGGUACACAAAAUAACUACCAACGAUUGAACCUACACGAACACAUUGCCGACAAUGAUUUGGUUUUAAAUGCAAGUGUGCAACCGAAUUCUUCGAAACACGAAAAAGAAACGCCACGAAAAGAGGAAAUGAAAAUUCGCGAUUGUAACAGUGGUUCGAUGCCAACAUCAACAUUCACGAUCGAUAGCAUUUUGGCAUCAUCGAAACCAGUCGAUAUCAAAUUUGAAUAUAAUUCGAAAUCAGACAGCCGAUCGCCGAGUAAUUCACCGUCGCUCAGCACAACAUCGAGUCCAGUUCGGCCGACAAGGGUGCCAGCUAUGCUACAUCCCGGAUUACAUUUAUCACAUUUGGCGGCCGCUGCCGCCACUGGCUUUGGUACACCCUCCGAUUUUCUUGUUGCAGCUUAUCCAAAUUUCUAUCCACAAUACAUGCACGCAGCGGCAGUGGCUCAUGUAGCUGCUGCAGCUCAAAUGCAAGCUCACACAACACACGCUUCGCUAUCACAUCACCACAGCGGGCAUUUGGGCCAUGGACCACCGCCAAAACGGAAGCGUCGUCAUCGCACCAUUUUCACGGAGGAGCAACUCGAACAACUUGAGGCGACAUUUGACAAAACCCACUACCCUGAUGUGGUGCUACGCGAACAAUUAGCACUGAAAGUUGACCUGAAAGAAGAACGUGUAGAGGUUUGGUUUAAGAAUCGCCGUGCCAAAUUCCGUAAGAACAAACGAGAGGAAAACGAACGGCUUAGAAAAUUACAAGAGGAUCAUUUAAAUAAUGGUUCGUUAAAAUGCAAUUUAAAUGAAUCCACCACAUCGUUCAAUGGCAUGACCGUAGGCAGUGCUGGCAACAAUAACAUUCCGAAAAGCGCACUCGCACACUCCAAUCUCAUGUACACGUACAGUGACGCCGACGACUCAUCAUCCGAUUUGGAAGUUGCAUGAAACCACACUUCGACGCCGUCGCCACCCCCUUCGUUUCCACAUUAGACGAAUUUUUCCUUUUUUCAAAGCGCGCAUCAUUAGCAUUUUAGGACAUAUUUUUUAUUUGUGCAUAUCUAUGCUAUCUCUGCACCUAAGCCAAUUGUGUAUAAGUUAACUAAUAAUAAUAAUAGUAGCGACUCAAAAUUCCAGUGCUA